CAAUCUCUUUCUGUCCUUUUUUCAAUUAAAUGGAGACAUUGAACACUUUGAUAGGACAAGUAAGCAGUAAGGCACAGUGAAAAUACAGCAACUCAGUCAAAUCAAGAUGCUACAAUAUGCCUUAAUAAUGUCCUAGGAUAUUCAAAGAUGUGGACAUCAAGGGUUUUGAAGAUAGCCUGAAAGGAGGCAAGGUGAGAAUCCUAGGCCUACAUAACCGAGAACAUUUUCACAUAAUUAUGUAGGCCUAGAAUUACAUACUGAGAAAAGUGAAUGCACAAAUUUGGGAUAAAUGAGGAUUUGAAGAAAGUGCAGGUAAGUGUUAAUAGACUAGUAGUACUGCAUGAAUAGCAGGGGCUUGAGUGAGCUGAAAAUGAAAAGAUGGAGAAAAGUCAGAGCACUGGGCUGAUGGAGUCUGGAAUUAAUGGUAAAACGGAUGUGACAUUUCACUGAGACAGGCAGCUAAAGUGACGGAGUGAAUAGUUAGCAAUAUAUGGAAGAGUGGAUAUGGAAUUGACGGCUUAACGAGAUCUUGAUCAGAAUGCUAAAAGUGUUAAUAACCCAAAUAGGGUAGAAUUUAUGAUGAAUUUAUGAAGAAUAUCAGUGGUAAUAUUGGAAUAGAAAGGCUGACAUCAAACACAGGCUGACAGCACCGAGGGGGAUUGGUUAGGAUAGAGCUCAGAUGGCAUUAACAAAACUGUAGAUGUUGAAGAUGCUAUCAAGAUCCUUCAUAUUGAUAAAUGUAGAAGGGAUAGAUCUAGGAGGUGACCAGAAUCCUCAGAGAUGCAUGUCUGGAGAUGCUUCGGUUAACCAUCCAAGUAAAAAAGAACCAAGACAUACGGUCCCUGUUAAGAGACCUCUGACCUGAAAAAUUAUUUGUUUCACUCUCCAUGGAUGCUUGACCAGAAUACUUAAGAGCAUUUUCAAUUUCAAUUCAGAUUUACAAUAUCUUCAGAUCAGUUUGUAAAGAAGUGUAGAAGAAAAAAAGUUGAAAUGUUUUCUUGGAGGGGCGUGGGUAUAUGGCAAUUAUUUAAAAACUAUCAGUCCUGUUAAGGGAUAACAUAUUAGAAGAAUGUUUAAAUGAAGAAUUGAAUAAAACAACACACUAUUGACUGUGUACUAUAAAUCUUUGAACCAUGCAAAACAAAUGCAAAGACCUACAGCAGUAAUAGUGGGAAUUCUAAUUAACCUAAUAUUAGCAGUCAGUAUAGCAGGCACAGAAUUCCCACGUUAUAUUCAGGAAAACUAUGACAUUUAAAAACAAGCCAAACAUUAAAGACAAUUUCAGAUUUGGUUUUGGGAAAUGAAGCUGUGUCGAUGGUAGGAGUAUUACACUGGAGUUAUUGAACAAGGCAAAGGGUGGUUCUAAAUACUGGUAAACCUAAUUUCAUUAGCUGAGAAGUGAUUUAAUGAGAGGUUAAAUCAGAGCUGCAGCAGUGGGAAGGAAGCAUUUGAGUAGGAGAUUCAAGAAGUUCAGGGUAAACAUAUUCUAAAAAAAAAUUACUCUUGUCAAAUCUAGAGCUACAUGGAUGACAAGAUACAUAGGUAGUAGGAUGGCAUAAAAAAGUAAGCUAAUUUCAGAUACCACAAGUUAACAUGCUAGAAAGCUUAGAAUAGCAUAGUAAGUGCAAAACUGAAAUUAAUGGAAAAUUAAGAAAAGUAUGAUAAAAUAUUGGAAAGUAGAUUUAAAAAGGCAAUGAGAUUUUGUAAGUGCAUAAAGACCAAGGCCAUAACUAAUCAACCCAUUAUACUACAAUGGAAAUAAGAAACAGGGGUUAUACUAAAAUUAUUAAUAACACUGAUUGGACCACAGAUUCAAUACUCCUACAUUUCUAUUCACAUUCCAGGAAAAUGUGAUUACAUUAGAUGAUGCAGAGGUAUGUAAAUAUGUUAAAAGGACUGCAGCAUUAUAGCUAUGAGUGCAGAUCAGAAUCAGAACCAGGUUUAUUAUCACUGGCAGAUGAUGUGAAAUUUAUUAACUUAGCAGCAGCAAUUCAAUGAAAUACAUAAUCCACAGAGAGAAAAAAAUAAAACAAAAUAAAUAACGUAUAUUGAAUAGAUUUUUUAAAAUGUGCAAAAAAAGCAAACAUGUAUAUUAAAGAAAGUGAGGUAUUGUCCAAAGCUUCAAUGUCCAUUUAGGAAUCAGAUGCCAGAGGGGAAGAAGCUGUUACUGAAUUGCUGAGUGUGUGCCUUCAGGCUUCUGUAUCUCCUACCUGAUGGUAACAGUGAGAAAAGGGCAUGCCCUGGGUGCUGGACGUCCUUAAUAAUGGACACUACUUUUCUGAUUGGAUAUAGAUUUUGUCAAGUAUUUAAAUAAAUUUAAAAACAGAAGGCCCUACACAAGGUUAAUAGGAAGGAAUUAUUUCCUUUCGAAAGUUCAAAAACCAGGAUUUGAAGUAAUUGGUUGAAAGGAGAUGAAGUUAUUUUACACUCAAAGACUGACAGGGGCACCAUGGUAGCUUAGCAGUUAUUGCAAUGCUAUUACAGCACAGGGCACCUGAGUUCAAUUCUGGCAUCUGCUUGAUGAAAGUUUGUAUGUUCUUCCCGUGACCACGUAGGUUUCCUCCCACAGUUCACAGACUUACUGGUUAGUAAGUUUACAAUUUACAAUUGUAAAUUGUCCUGUGAGAUAUAUUGGCUAGAUGGAGAGUUUUAAAUAUCAAAUGCAGCUGGAAGUCAAAUCUCUUCCAAAAGAUUCAUCUAAAACACAUAUUCCCAAAAUAUUCUAUAUCGAUGGAAAUACCUAGCUUUGCCUAUGCAUUCUUGAUCGUGAAUACCCACUUUAUAUUUAAAUAGUAAGUGACAUACUGAACUUUUUCUACUGGAAGAGAUUGGAGGCUGAUAAUUAUAAAAACAGCCCAGUGACUUUUCUUCUUUGAGAAGAGAGCAACAUUUGUAAAUAAAGAGCUGCUGCAUAUUCUGGAAUAAAAUGCAGUUUGGCUAGUGAAUAGAGUAAUAGAAUGCUAUUUAUUUCAUGGCCAGAACUCUGAUAACUUUCAUUGCUCAAUACAAAUUUCUUGGCACUUUUGGCAUUAUUGUAAACCCAUUCCUUGGAUGUAUUUGUGGUCAUGAAUUGGAAAUAGCAGAAAAUGGCAUUAUCAUAUUAUAAACAAAACAAUAAUAAUCCUUUACAGAAGUGUUUAUAUUCCCCAAUGAUAUUUGUCCUGUUAACUGGUGAACUCAUGGAUGUCAUUGGGAAUAGAUUUAUAUUUUGCUGAUUAAUUUGAUAGGUGAUUGAAUAACUUUAUAUUUCAAUGAAAUUGGAUAAUGGAUAACAAUGGCAUGUACUCCAACUGACUGAGAAACUCAAUAAUUUACUAAAAAUGUUGUCUAGUCUUUUGUAAUAAAUCUAUCAAUUUUACAUUAUCUUUGAUAAAACCACAAGAACUGGCCUGUUCUGGCUGGCAUAAUGAAGGAUAUGAAGGCACCAGAGUGCAUGCAAAAUGAAUGAUGCCAAAACUGCAUGGUUAUACUCAUCAGGUAAAGAUGAACUAUAUGUGCCUCUUCUCUUGAAACAAGAAAGCUGAGGGUAACAUAAUAGAGGUCUUGAAAACUGUUGUAGUCUGUAAUCAGUAAGCAGAAAUUAUGGUUCUAUUUUUUGGGAAAGUACAAAACCAGAGGCCUGAAGAAGGUGGUCAGUGAGAAAUCAAAUAUAUUAAAAAAAUGCUUCAGGAUCUGAAACAGUUGAAGUUAAAUGUAUAUAUGCAUUCAUUGCAAAGCUAGAUAAGGGAAUUGAAUGUCAUGUUACCAGUUAGAUGGUCUAUUUCUGUGCCAUACAUUCUUUAAAUAUUACCAACACUUGCUGCUGUAUCUGAAUUUUUCACCAUCUAUUUAAAAUGGCAGCAUCAAAAGCUUUUAAGAUUUUCCCCCUGCUUGCAGUUUUCUUUGCAUACAUUUAUUAUUUCCUGAGUAUUUCAAUUCAUAAACAAAAGUUCACAGUAACCUGUUUUUUUUCUGUGUACCAGAGUUCAGGCAGAGUGGAUUUUGCUUCUCCUAUAAUUAUCUGAGGUAUUGGUUGUUUUGUUUCCCCCUCCCCCUGCAAUCACCAGGCUUAAUCUGGUCAUAUUAGCUAUUGUUAACAGAUUUUAUUUUGUAGAUCCAUUUAAAAAAAAAGCAGUAUUUGUUUUCCACACUUUAUGCAAUUCUGGACUUACACAGACUGCAUUGAACUGAGGGCAGGAAUGAAAGAAUCAUGAACAAGUUUACAGGAAGACAUCUUGGAAAUGAAAAAUUUCAGCAUCAUGAAACAGGCACUGUUUCUCGUGGUAAUGUGUUGCUAAACUUGGCUGACUUGCUUUAGAGAAUUAUAAAGCAAAAGCCAUUCACUUCCUCAAAAUAGUGAAGAAAAAUGUUAGGACAGAUGGCCUUCUACAGACAAGAUCCAUUCUUGGGCUGCAUCAGAGUGAUACAGUUGUCAGCCAGUUAUUGUUAUGGGACUGGAGAUGGAGGAUACAAAGUCAGUUAUUCAUCAAACUUUACCAAGCAAGAAGAUUAAGAGAUUAUUGAGUUUCACUGUCUCCAAACAAUUUUUCUUUCAUUUACUCCCCUGCAUUUGUUCUUUGUAGUCUGCUUUGGUUUCUCUUUAUUCCACCAUCUCCUUAUCUUCAGUAAGCAUGUUUAGUUUUAAUAAAGUGAUAAAAAGUUAUGUAGCAAGUUAAAACUACUUGUGUAUUGACCUAGUGGAAAGAUUCUUAAUGAAAAAAUAUAAUCAAAAUUGGGUAGGUCAGUAGAUGCCUUUUCUAUCUGGAGAUUGAUUCAAAAAAUAAAUUGAAUGGAACAUUAAAAAACCUAGCCUUCCUAUUCAGAUACUAUUUUUCACAAGAUCACAUUAGAUAACAAGUAAAUCAUAAUCAUAUAGGAAAUAAAAGAGAACUAUGUAAAUUCUGAAUUUCACUUGCAUGCUACAUGUUACUGAGUGGUCUAGUUCAUCUGCUUGCUUUAUGUAUAUUACAACUUGUACAUUCAAUAACUUUGUCAAAACUUCAUUGUUUGUUGAAUCUCAUCACAUCAUUCAUAAACACAACCCCAAGCUACAUGCUUCAAAUACCAAUACCAAGCAGUAUGAUGCUGAUCUCUCUUUAACAAUGCACAAUUUAUUAUCUCCACCAAGUGGAUGAAUUCUGCAUAACCCUUGCUCUGAUUCACCUUUAUGAUAUCAAGGAUAAGUUGAAGAAAAACUUGUUACUAAGCCCAGUUCAAGCCAAAUGAGAAGUUUUAGAUUUCAAUAUACAUUAUUGAUUUCAGUUCAAAAUAUUGUGGUGAAAUGCAGCUUCAAUUUUAUCCAGCUGAGGAAAAUAUUAUAAAAAUGACACAUCUAGCAUUUAGCCCCUUUGCAUUUAGCUGCAGUAAUUAACUUGGCUAAGUAUAUGUGAAUGGUGUAUGAAAUGCCUUGUGAAUUUACUCCAAUUAUAUGAAAAUAAUUAAGAAUUGCCAAGACAACUUACAAACAUAAAGAUUUUGUUUUUUUUUAAAUCUCUUUCCCACAGCAAAACAGGCUUCAGCUAGUACCUGCUAAACAUUCUCUUACUCCACUUCGGCUCAAGAAUUUAGGUCACGAAAGAAUCUGCUGAAUCCUGUUAAGGUGAAACGUUAACAAACGUCAACACUGCCAGACAAAGAGAAGACUGAACAACACUUCUGUAUACCAGUACAGUACCUAAUGAACCACUAGAAAAAAAAAUCAAGAACAGUACAAAAAUCAAUGAAUUAUAAUGGCUGAGCUGAAUUCAUAAAAUGGAAGUCAGGGUUGAGUUUAUUGUAAGUUUCAAUCCUUAAAUGUUUUUAAUCGAUGGACACAGUACAGCAAGCAGGAUCUAAGUAUUGCAUGAAAUACAAUGCAAUUUUCUAUUUUGGCAUUCAAUGGGUAAUUUGCAAACACCUACAACAAUUUUGUUAGGACUUGCACAAUUAGCACACCUUUUCUUUUGGAAAAAAAUUUAAAGUGUGUAUGCGUGAGUGUAUGUAUGUGUGUGUAUUUGUUUGAGGGGGAGCAGGGGGCAGAGUCGUUGGUCAAAUUUAAACAAGUAAUGUCAACAUUGCAUUUAUAAAUACAGCCAACCAUUUACAUUGCUGUGGCAAAAUCAGAAGGAAGUAGUCAAUUUCUGGAUCUCAAUCUUUCUUAAAUGUAUCUGAAUUGAUUACCAGGAAAGAUCUGCUGUCAAAGAGUAAAGUUUCCCUUGCAAUUGAUCAUUUUAGCCUACAGAUCAAAUUGAUAUCAUUGUCAAAGUACUUUAAUUACCAAACUAUUGAGUUACUCUGAGAAACCAGAAUUACAUACAUUAACUAUUUAAGUUAAAUUAUGUUGUUUAGUUUGUUUCUAAAAGCAGUACGAAAAAGUAACCAUUACUCAAUUCCAUUACUGUACAAAGUGAGAGCAUUAUGUUAAUCUGAGACUUUCACAGUGAUUAAAAAGGGUAGCUUGAUUUGCAAUCACUGAAAUAAUGAAAAUCAGAAAUUAAUUUUUUUUGAAUCAGCAAGUGUUGCAACAUCAGGUUGCUGCCUAUAUUGUGUGUUUUCUUUCAUUUUAUUCUAAAAAUGCAAUGAUUUCAAUGAAUUAUUGAUCCAAACAUCAUAAUCUCUUAAAAUAUCUAAUCUACCUGUUAAACAUUUGUUUUUUAGAUUUUUCCUUUAGGGUUUCACUAUCUAUAAUAUUGUUUUCAUCCUCAAAAAACUGAAGCUUAAAUGCACUUUUGAAUAAACAAUUUUUCAAGCUUAAUUUAAUUGGCCCCAUAUAAUUUCUUGGGGCCUAAUUGGAUGAAGGUUGGGGAGGGCAAGUGAAAAUAUCCCUUCACCUGUCCUAGUAAUCCAAGCAUUUAAUUUGGACAGAAUAAGUAGUUUUUUUUUAAGCCUUCAAGCCUCAUCUGCAAUUCAAAUAGAUUAAAACCGAUCUUUAAUUACAAUUGCAAAUAUUAGUCUGGGUUCCAUGUGUUUGUGUUUUAAUUUAUCUGCUCAUAUAAAAAGGUAUGUAGAUUAAAAAGUAUGUGUACCAUAUCUGCACUAGAUGCAUUGGUGACAAUUCAACUAAUGUUUUGUUUUUCUUCUCUUAUUCUUUUCUUCGUCCUCACCAAAAGUUUAUUUUUGACCCCUUCCCUCUAGGUCUCCCGUGCCACUUACUCUAUGCCCGAAGAGAAGGUGGACAGCCGAUCUGAUCCCAGAGUCCUAACAAUGCUGCUAUGCGACUGGCUGCUAGGAGUUGUGCCUCCACUGUCCACAAUACUAAGUAAUCACUUUGGUUAUCGCCCAGUAGUGAUGCUGGGUGGACUUCUUGUUGGUUUGGGAAUGAUGGCAGCAUCGUUUGCACAGACAAUUGUAGAAAUGUACAUUACUAUUGGAUUAGUAUCAGGAAUGGGUUUAUGUCUCAGCUUCCUACCCACAGUUACUGUCCUCUCCCUCUACUUUGAAAAAUAUCGUUCUCUGGUCACUGCUGUAGCUUCCUCAGGAGAGUGUUUUGCCAUCUUCAUUUUUGCACCUGGUUUCACAAUAUUAAAAAACUAUUUUGGGUGGAGAAACUGUCUCCUCAUCAUUGGUGCAUUGCAGCUAAACAUCAUUGUUUGUGGAGCGCUACUUCGUCCACUUGUAAUCAAAAGACCAGAAGAACAACCACCAAUAGAUUUAGAUUUGGAAGCUAAGUACGUGCUGGAGAAUGAGGAAACUCGCACCUCUGUAGACUCUGUUGAUUCAGGAGUGGAAUCUUUAUCUACCUCAUGUGAUCAUUUGGAACACAGCAAGAAGUGUACAACAAAUGUUAUCCACAAAGAAAAUCUUAAGGUUCUUCAAAGCAAGAAGCAAAAACCACAACCAAAAUUGUUUGACUUCUCAAUUCUAAAAAGCAAAAGCUUUAUCUUUUAUGCACUCUUCGGACUAUUUGGCACUUUGGGAUUCUUUGCACCUCAACUCUAUGUCAUUCCCCUUAGUAUUAGCCUAGGUGUUAAUGAAUGGGCAGCAUACAUGCUAUCAGCUAUGGCAAUUAUGGAAGUACUUGGCAGGCUGUCAGUAGGCUGGAUCCUAAACAAACAACCGAUACGAAAGAUUUACAUUUUACUGAUCUGUGUGAGUCUACUGAGUCUAGUGUUAUUGUGCUUUCCACUCAUAAAAGGAUUCUGGAGCCUUGUGACAUGCAGCAUGUCCUGUGGAUUUUUGUUUGGUACUGUGGCUGCUACCCACAUUCCAAUGUUGGCAGAGGAUGAUGUGGCUGGAAUUGAGAAAAUGUCAUCUGCUGUUGGAACUUACAUCUUUAUACAGAGCUUUUCAGGACUUGCUGGACCACCUAUUGGAGGUUGGCUUGUGGAUAUUACAGGUCAGAAUUACGGAUCUGCUUUCUUCUUCUGUGGCAUUGGUAUGAGUUUGGGUGCAUUCUUUCUUGCAUUAGUUCGGCCAUCUAAAAACUGGUCAUGUCAAAGGAAACAACCUCUAGAAACUGAUAAGCAAGAGGAAUUAAAACAAGGUCUCAACAUUAUCCAGGAUGUGCCUGACGACUUCCUAGAAACAGACCUGAAGAAAUCAGAAAGUUUACAGGAUCAACUUCAAGCCCUUGCAUGAAACAUACACCACCCCAAUGGGAUGCAUGUUUCCCGGUAAGGGUAUCUAUCCAUUGCCCAUCUUGUCAACCUCAACAUGGCCUUAUUUAAUCUCAGACGUACCUUCUUUUCAACCCAACAAAUGACUAUUCAGUUUGCAAAGAAACAUCACAAGAAGCAAAGUUUAAUAUUUACUAUUUGGUGGAUGUAGACUCACUUUCAGAUGAACUGUGUUUAAAGUUACAAAAUGGAAUACAAAGGAAUACAUGGAAAGGUUUCACAUUUGUUUAGAUCAUAUUGAGAAUGUGUUAUUAAAAUCAUUCAGAUCAGCAUUUUAAGUUUACACAUUUUACAAUUCCAAUUAGUUGAUGUCUUUAUACAAGGUAUUGUUUUAAAUAGGAUUAAGUGCAAAGCCACACUAACCUAAUACUUAAAGCUAUCAAAUAAGACCAUAUGUCUUUCAGCCCAUUCAACCCAUCGAGUCUACCCAAUUUAUUAUCUCUCUCAACUCCAUUCUUUUACUUUCUCCCUGCAACCUAUUUAAAAAUUCUCUCUUUAAAAAACAGUGGCUUUGAGAUUUAAGGAUUUUAGUCAAAUCAACUUACUCAAGGUUAUAGCUUUUAUUUUCAUUUAAAUUACAUGCUGGAUCACUAUUUAAAAAAGCAGUAUUUUAUCUCGAGGGAAAAAAAGCAACCAAAUUUAUUAUGAUAAUGCUGAAAAAUAUCUAUGACCAGAAAAUAUUGGUAGUUGCAUUGGAACAUGAGAAGUUUGAAAAUAUUUUUUUAAAAACUUAUGUCAUUAUGGAGUGGAUGUGGCAUGGGUAAAGUGGCAUUUUAACCAUUGCAAAUUAUACAAAAAACAAACACCAUAGGGUUUUAAAAUAGUUUCCUUAUAUAUUUAAACUUUCAUCUCUAGAAAUAAGCCAAGAUAAAAUAAGCUAUUAAAUUCAAAGUUUAAAUGUGACUAAGAUAGCUGGAAUACAUUUCCCAUAAUCCUCACACUCCUGUGCUGGAUACAAGAAAGUUCUUCACAAUUGAAAAAUAAACUAUCCUCAAACUUGUUUGUCAUUUGAUCUUAGAUAUUACGAGCAUUUUUGAGUUACAAGUACUGAAUAUUGUAUGCAUUCCAUUUUUACAGAAAAGAUACUUCAUAAUCUAAUUGUGGACAUUAAAAUAACGUUGAAGAGGAUUUAGCCAUGGAGCAGGAGAAGUUUAAUUACACUCAAAAAAAAAUUAAAACCCUAAUCAAAGUAUUAGAUUGUCGAUUAUCCUGCUGUGGAAAACAGUGGAAUUGAAAAUUCACUUCCACUAAACAUCAAAUAUUUUAAAGAGCCUCAUCUAAACAGGUGCACACUGAACAGAUAAAGUUUAGAUGGUCAGCCAGACUGGUCUAAUGAAACUAUGCCUACAAUACUCAUAGAAUUUUUGCAACAAAGCCAACCCCAUCAGAUUACCAUUGGUGUUUUAAAUGAUUAACUUCCAGCUAGCAAUGGGACAAUUUUGUUUUGCAUCUGCAAUCUCGUGUCUCCUCAAAUUCCCCUUUAUAUACAGGAUAGAAAAGAAUUGUACAAAUAAUUCUUUAUGCCCAUUUUCCCCUAUUAUGUACAUUCUACAAACAAUAAACUGUUUAAAUAAUUGAGAUAAUAUAGGAAGAGUGGUGUUAAAAGUGUUACUUGCUUUCAGUAAACAUUGUUGGAAUAGUAGCAUAGUUUUAAAGGCAAAAAUUCCAUAGUGUUGAAACGCACGAUGACCUAAAUGGAUAGAUAUUUAUUGUGUAAAUUGUAUCACUCUUCCAAUUGUGCUAGCCAUGGAAUUAAUCAAAACAAUUAAAUCAGUUUGAUAUCAGACAGUAAAUCUACAUGUUGCGGCGUUGCAGGAGAUGGCCAAAAAUGCAGUUUUAAAGCAUUAUUUACAAAGCUUGAAACACAUAGUACCAGUUUUCUAUAUGCUUUGAAGACUCCAGAAUCAGAGGCGUUCUUCCUACCUAGCUACUAUAUAUACUGUGAUAUCAUUGAUUGGCAAGGUUCCCAUGCAUUCAAUAGAUGUUGUAUUAACAUAAUAGGAACCUUGAUUUCAUACUUACCCAAUGGCUGCUUUGAACACAAGAGACAUAAUAAGACUGUUAACCUGAAUGUCUCAUUCUGUAGUAGUUUCUGAUGGAAAAGCUUUAUAUUUGUGGGUCUCAAAAGUUAAUAAGAAAUUCAAAAUUGGCUUUAUCCAAAUGCAUAUUUUUCUUAUUGUAUUAUGUAAAACCAGUAACACAAUUACUCAAAAUGCUCGAUUUACUUGAGCUGCUUUGAAUUCUAAUUUCAAUUAGCUAAUACCUUCUGAGUUAAUGAAAGCCCUUCUUCCUGUACAUCAUGGAACAGAUAUGGUACUGAGCAAGGAUUCAAAAUAUGCUAAAAUAUUUUAAGAGCAGAUUAAGUUGCUAAAGCUUUUUUCUUUCAAUGUCACUAUUUUCCCACGUCUUCUAUACAAUUGGCCACUCCUUACAAUUUCAACCGAAGUAGUCUUUACACAAUCAGAUCAUGUUGAAGAAAUAUUUGUACAAUAAUUUUACUUCUGUAGUUACUUAAUUACCUUGAAGUUGUUAUUAUUGAAUGAAAUCAUUUUCAUUCUUCUAUACAUUCCAAGUAACCUUCAAAAGUGCUUUUUACCCUAACUCUAAAAAAAAAGAUUGUUGCCCUUUUUCAGUUUAAAAAAGUACAGACCUUAAGAAAUUGGAGAUCAUCAUAAUGCAGGCGAAAAAAGAUAAUUUCCUUACUAUCUACAUUACUUUAUAUUAGUGUUUUAGACUACCUUUAUUUAUUCAUUAAUGUAUUCAUUUUGUGCUAUUUUAUGCCAUUAAUGAUGUUACUCCCAUAAAAAUAUUGUGAAAGAAAUGCACGCUAUACUCAUCAGACAAUAUAAACUAAGCUGUUUUACUUCCUUUCACUGGUUGUUUAUUCAGUGCUCCAUUCACCAGUUUAUUUCAGAUAUUUAACAACAUGAAGUAUAUUGACUUCAAAGUCAGGUAAAUAACUCAUUCAACCCUCAGGGAGCUACAGAAAAAUAAGGCACCCACACUUUAGGCAAGUUAUAAAAUGAAUAAGGGGAAAACAGUUGAAGAUAAACAGAAGUGACAGGAUGACAGAGUUACAAGACUUGCAGAAAAACCAUCAUGCUCCUAAUCCUGUAUGAAUAACCCCAUUAAAAUGCUGGUCUUUUUAAAUAUAGAUUUUUGACUGCUGAGUGGGUUUAUUGUUGAUAGAAUGUUUGAACCUGGCAAAACAAAUGUGAACUGACUGAUUUUAUUGAUUUUUUUAAAAAGAGAUUUCUGCAGACUUUCCUGUUCUGCAUUAAAAGCAAUUAUUUUAACUUAAAAUAUAGAGAAAUGGCAUGCCAAAAUGCAAAACCUAUUCAAAUGGCAAUAUGUAGACAUGCAAGUGAAUGCUCGUCUCUACUUGCAUAUUAGGCAAAAUUAUUAUAAGUUAAUGCUCACUUGAAAAGAAAAAUUGGAUAGAAUACACAUUGGUUUUAAUUAUUGUUCAACACCUUUUGCACUCCACUUUUGAUACAACCGUUUAUAAUCUGAAUGGUCUACUUAUUGUACAAAGUAUUUCACCUGACUUAACUAUGUAUCAAAGUCACAGAAGAGGUGAUGUUGCAGGGAUGUACAUGAUGCAAGUUAUAAGGACUGAACAAAUAUAAAUAAUCAAAAACCUGAAAUAUGUAACUGGGUGAACUAAAGGUGCUGCUACUGAUCUUUUUAAAAUUAUAACUAAUAGUUUUUAAAAUAUUAGUAGAAUGGAUUCAAGAUUUUAUUUAUUCCCAUUUUGCUGAAACUUGUACUUUCUAACCUUAAGUUUGUUCAGUCCUUCCAACUUACAGUAGCUUGUGUAAUAUUUCAGAUGCUGCACAUGCUGUUAUUUUCCAAUAAAA